GAGUCAUGGAAGUCCUUUAAACGGUCAUAUAUUUGAAAUUUGAAAAAGACAAAGCAAAGUAAACAGAAAAAAGAACGAAAAGCUCCUCAGCUGCUGCAUCCAAAGAUCUCGAUCUUCUCCGCAACCCGUGGAAAUUCUCGAUCCAAUGGAAGAGACCUCUCAUCAUGACCCAAACACCCAAAUCCCAGAUUCUCUCGUUCGUGAUUGGGAGAAAGAUUCACAGAAUAUCACGUCUUCUUCUGUCGAAGAUGAUCUAUUUUCGUACAUUCGUGGGAAAGAUUUCAGCGCUGGUGUUGACGAUGACGAAGACAGAGGUUCUGUUGAUUCGGUGCUCUGUAUUUCUGGUUCGAGGCUAGUUCAGACCGGGUUUAAGCAGGCGAACUGCACAGAUGAUAUUGUGAUGCUUGUGAAUUCUGGAGGUGGAACGAUAACAGGAUUAGAUUCAAAGGUGAAUUUAAAGAGCGACUUCUGUUUUCAAGGAGGGGAUGUUAUAAGAACAAAUGAGAAUAUAGUCAAUGGCGGUGAUUGCCCAUCUCUUUAUCAGUCCGCCCGGUAUGGAAACUUCUGUUACCAGUUUGAAGAUCUCGCACCUGGAGAUUAUUUCGUUGAUCUGCAUUUCGCGGAGAUUGUCAACACAAACGGGCCUAAAGGGAUGAGGGUCUUCAAUGUCUUCAUGCAGCAAGAGAAGGUUCUGUCUGAAUUUGAUAUAUAUUCGGUUGUCGGAGCCAAUCAACCUUUUCAGCUGGUCGAUGCCAGGGUCCAUGUAGAGGAGAAUCGGGCGAUGGCAAUAAGGUUUGAAGGGAUUCAUGGAAGUCCCAUUGUCUGUGGGAUUUGCAUCAGAAAAGCACCAAAGACAUCUGAUUCUUCAGUGAAAUCCAAGUAUCUUGUUUGUAACAACUGCUCCACCAAGAUAGAUGUUCCCACAACUCAGGAUAGGGCUAGAGCUGCGAAAAGUAUCUCGAAGUAUGAGAAGAAAAUACAAGAGCUUACUCAUCAGUGCCAGCUUAAAACAGACGAGUGCUACGAGGCUUGGAUGUCUCUAACAGCUGCAAAUGAUCAGCUAGAUAAGCUGAGAAUGGAACUCAGCAACCAUUUCUUGCACAGCGAGUCACUAGAUCGAGCUUUGGAGAAGCAGUCAGUGCAAUUGAGGGAUGUUUCCAACCAGUAUGAACGUGGUAAGAAGGUUUGGUUUGCCGCCAUCAAUGAUUUGAAAGAUAAAAUGAAGGUGAUGAAACGGGAGCAUGCCCAACUUUCUCAAGAAGCUCACGAUUGUGCCGAUUCCGUUCCUGAAUUAAAUAAAAUGGUCUUUGCAGUGCAAUCAUUGGUUGCGCAGUGCGAAGAACUUAAAGUCAAGUACAAUGAAGAGCUGGCCAAGAGGAGGAAGCUAUAUAACCAAGUUUUGGAAACAAAAGGGAAUAUAAGGGUGUUUUGUAGAUGCCGCCCAUUAAGUAAGGAAGAGGUUUCAUCUGGUUGUGCAUUGGCCGUAGACUUUGAUGCAGCCAAGGAUGGCGAUCUUGGGGUACUGACCGGCGGCGGGUCCACAAAGAAAAUCUUCAAAUUCGACCGAGUUUAUACUCCAAAGGACAAUCAAGCUGAUGUGUUUGCGGAUGCUGCUCCAUUGGUCAUUUCAGUCCUAGAUGGCUACAAUGUCUGCAUUUUUGCAUACGGGCAGACGGGAACUGGGAAGACUUUCACAAUGGAGGGAACUGAGAAAAAUAGGGGUGUGAAUUACAGGACUGUAGAGGAAUUGUUUAAAAUUGCAAAGGAAAGGAGGGAGACUUUUGCAUACAGCAUCUCUGUUAGUGUGCUUGAAGUAUACAAUGAGCAGAUCAGAGACUUGCUGGCUACAUCCCCAUCGUCGAAAAAGUUGGAGAUAAGACAGGCGGCUGAAGGAGCUCAUCACGUGCCAGGAAUUGUCGAGGCUAAAGUUGAGAACAUAAAGCAGGUCUGGGAUGUGCUACAAGUUGGAAGCAGUGCUAGAGCCGUUGGAUCUAAUAAUGUCAAUGAACACAGUAGUCGAUCUCAUUGCAUGCUUUGUAUAAUGGUAAAAGCUAAGAAUUUGAUGAAUGGGGAGUGCACGAAGAGCAAGCUUUGGCUUGUGGAUCUGGCAGGCAGUGAGAGGCUUGCAAAGACAGACGUGCAAGGGGAGCGGCUCAAAGAAGCUCAAAACAUCAACAGAUCACUUUCAGCUCUUGGGGACGUCGUAUCGGCUCUAGCAACGAAAAGCAGCCACAUCCCAUACAGGAAUUCCAAGUUGACACAUUUGCUUCAAGAUUCGUUAGGAGGCGACUCCAAAACUCUGAUGUUUGUGCAAAUCAGCCCAUCAGAGCAUGACUCUAGUGAAACGCUAAGUUCGUUGAAUUUCGCAACUCGGGUCCGAGGGAUUGAGCUGAAUCCUGCAAAGAAGCAGAUUGACAGUAGCGAGCUUCAAAAAACAAAACAGAUGCUUGAGAAAGCAAGGCAGGAAUCAAGAUAUAAAGAUGAAUCGAUACGGAAGCUUGAAGAGCGCAAUCUAAACUUAGAAAACAAGCUCAGAAGCGAAGAUCAAUUCAUUAGAAACCAACAGGAAAAGAUCAAAGAUCUUGAAGGUCAGAUUGAGUUGAAGAUGGACUUGCAGAGCCAAUCAGAGAGGCAGUUCGGGCAAGUAUCAGAGAAAUUGAAAAGGAAGGAAGAAAUGUGUUUUUCUCUUCAACAUAAGGUGAAGGAGCUCGAAAACAGGAUGAAAGAGCAACAACAUUCAGAAUCUAUUAUUCUACAACAAAAGGUCAAGGAGGUCGAAAACAAGCUGAAAGAGCAACAACAUUCAGAAUCUAUUAUUCUACAACAAAAGAUUACAGACCUCGAAAACAAGCUGAAAGAGCAAUAUCAACAUCAGUCUAUGCUACUGCCGCAUCCCACUUUACAAUCCACCCCAAUUGACAGAAGAUCUGUCCCGCACAUCGAGUCCAUUAAUGGGACUGAUCUGCUGGUUCUGAGGAGCUCGGACUCAAUCAACCGUCCGAUGAGCCAACCGUCCGCUCUACUACGUGGAGCUGACUCGCUUCAUGAGAUCAAGAGAAGGAGAGAAAGAAGAAGUGGGUCCUCCUUAGGAGACUACGAGAACAACAACACCAACAUCAUUGUGCCGCCGCCUCCGCUUCUAGAUAAGAAGCCAUUUCCGACCGAGUUGAGUAGGCCGAGUCUCGACCCAGCCAAAGCAUUCAAAAGGCUUACAAAGACAUCAAAGCCAGUUACUACAAGUAAUGCCCAGAAGCUAUUUCCACAUAGUAGAGUUGGGGCAGUUAAGGAGACAUUGAAAUGGAAAUAAGAGCAGCAAUGUAGGCUGUUUUGUAAUAUGAUUUUUCCCCCCCCCUUUCUUGGGCGCAUUUGGAUGCUCACCAUCAAAUUGAAUUUCAAUUCUUUAGUUUGAUGUAGUGAGCUAUUUCGAGAUAGCAGAGUUGGGGGAGUUAAGGAGACAUUGAAAUGGAAGUAAGAGCAGCAAUGUAGGCUGUUUUGUAAUAUGAUUUUUCUUUUUUUCC